AUGAAGUCCAUGAAUGAUAGCAACACUGAUGAUGAGAACAAUCAUAACUGGUUGGGGUUCUCUCUCUCACCCCACAUGAAAAUGGAUGUCACUUCUGGUCCUCUCCAUCAUCAUCAUAACUACUAUCAUCAGCCCCAUCCUUCUACAGCUUCAAACUCCGUUCCCACAAGCUUCUAUCUGUCACCUUCACACCUCAACACCUCUGAAAUCUGUUAUGGUGUUGGGGAAAACAGUACCUUUCAUUCAUCUUUGGCUAUGAUGCCACUCAAGUCUGAUGGUUCACUUUGUAUAAUGGAAGCUCUCAGCAGAUCACAAACCCAAGUGAUGAUGCCUACUUCGUCUCCAAAACUAGAGGACUUUCUUGGUGGUGCAACAAUGGGAACUCAAGAAUAUGGAGGCCAUGAAAGAGAAGCAAUGGCUCUUAGCCUAGACAGCAUCUACUAUAACCAAAAUGCUGAACCUCAAACCAACCGAGACCAUUCUUCAUUGGACCUUCUUUCUGACCCUUUUAGACAACAACAACAAGGCCAUGUCACGGUCCAAUCCCAUCCAUAUUAUUCAGCACUUCCUUGCCAUGGGAUUUAUCAAGCACCAUUGGAGGAAGAAAAUAAGGAACCCCACGACACAGUUUGCAGCUCCCAAAUGCCUCAAGUGGCAGAGGUAAACACUGCUUGCUUCAAAAACUUGAUGGCCCCAAGAGAUUAUUCUUCAACUCAUGAGACUCUUGAGCAGCAUCAAGUGAAUACUAGUGCUUCUGUGCCUGUCGGUGUUAGCACAGUAGGUGUUGGAGAUUUGCAAUCGUUAAGCUUGUCCAUGAGCCCUGGUUCUCAAUCAAGCUGUGUCACGGUUCCAAGGCAGAUCUCACCUUCAGGAACUGAUUCUGUGACCAUGGAAGGCAAAAAGAGAGGUGCUGCUAAGCUUGGCCAGAAGCAAACUGUGCAUAGGAAAUCCAUUGACACAUUCGGACAGAGAACUUCACAGUAUAGAGGCGUGACAAGGCAUAGAUGGACUGGUAGAUAUGAAGCGCAUUUGUGGGAUAAUAGUUGCAAGAAGGAAGGGCAAACCAGGAAAGGACGACAAGUUUAUUUGGGUGGUUAUGAUAUGGAAGAGAAAGCUGCAAGAGCGUAUGAUCUUGCGGCUCUCAAGUAUUGGGGAUCUUCAACGCAUAUAAACUCCCCGGUAGAAAAUUACCAAACUGAACUUGAAGAAAUGAAAAGCAUGAGCAGGCAGGAAUAUGUGGCUCACUUGAGAAGAAAGAGCAGUGGGUUUUCAAGAGGUGCCUCAAUGUACAGAGGGGUGACCAGGCACCACCAACAUGGCAGAUGGCAAGCAAGGAUAGGCAGAGUUGCUGGAAACAAGGAUCUUUAUCUUGGGACAUUCAGUACUCAAGAGGAAGCAGCUGAAGCAUAUGACAUAGCAGCAAUCAAAUUUCGAGGGGUGAAUGCUGUCACUAACUUUGACAUGUCUAGAUAUGAUGUUGAAAGAAUCAUGGCCAGCAAUACCUUACUUGCUGGAGAGCUAGCUAGAAGAAACAAUAAUAAGGAAAGUAAACCAAGAACUGUGGAGGCCAUAGAUUAUAAUAAUAUUGUAAACAGGGAAGAAGUUGAAGCUGUAAACAACAAUAAUGAAAAUGGUUCAACAGACUAUACGAUGGCUUUGUAUCAGUCUCAGCAGCAGCAACAGUCAAAUAGCUACGACGACCAAAAAACAAUAAAGUGUGGAAAUUAUAGAAACUCUGGUUUCUCUAUGGCCCUACAAGAUCUUGUUGGGAUUGAUUCAGUAGGAUCUAGCCAGACAAUGCUAGAUAAUGACACUGUCAAGAUAGGGACUCAUUUUUCAAACCCGUCCUCGCUGGUGACCAGUUUAAGCAGCUCCAGAGAAUGCAGCCCUGAUAAAACGGGUCCCACACUGCUCUUUCCAAUGGGAUCAAAGAUCGUUAGCCCCAUUUCUACCAGUGUUACCUCUUGGUUUCCCUCAGAAGCAACUCAACUGAGGCCAGCUACUACUACUAUAUCAAUGUCACACUUGCCACUUUUUGCGGCUUGGAACGAUACCUAG